AUGUCUCCAAAAAACUGUGUGUCCGAUCCAGCAGAUAUAGUAUUUUUAUUGGAUGAAAGUGGAAGUAUUGGUCCACAGAACUUUGAUUUAGAAUUAAAUUUCAUUGCGGAAUUUGCUCAACAUUACACCAUAGGACCUAAUGAUGUUCAAAUGGGAGUUAUAACAUUUAAUACACAGGUCAGAGACCACUUCAAAUUGAAAAAUUACGCAAAUAUAAACGACCUUACAAGAGGAAUACGUUCCAUUCACUAUCAUCACGGUGGCACAAGAACUGACUUGGCGAUAGAUUAUGUUGUCCAGAACAGCUUUUCCCCCGGGAGUGGAGCUAGAAGUAACGUCCCUCACUUUUUGAUAGUUAUAUCGGACGGGAAUUCGAAUAAGCCACGGCUAACUGAAGCAGCUGCUAUACGCUUGCACCAAACAAAUAUCAAUACAUUCGCUGUUGGGGUUGGUCAUGUUAACCUGGUCGAAUUGAAUACAAUUGCAUCUAGUAGGACAAACCAUGUGUUUACAGUGAAUACUCAUCUAGAACUGAAAAUUCCACUGAAAGCAAUACGUUGUCCUAGUUUCCAGAAUAUUGCUGUAGUGCCAUCAAGGACACUAUCUAUUAUGGAUUCACGGAAAAAAUUAUCUCGUAAAUAG